AUGAGUCUGCUGAGGCCCAGCGGGCUGAAGGCCCCCACCAAGAUCCUCAAGCAUGGGAGCUGGGCCCUGAAGGCGCCCUCGGCCGCGGCUGCUCCCGUUGAGAAGUCCGUGCCUGGGGAGAAAACCCCCAGCGCCCCCUCCUCGGAGACGCAGGAGGAGUUUGUGGACGACUUCCAGGUCGGGGAACGAGUCUGGGUGAAGGGGAACAAGCCUGGAUUCAUCCAGUUCCUCGGGGAGACCCAGUUUGCCCCUGGUCAGUGGGCCGGGAUCGUCUUGGACGAGCCCAUCGGCAAGAACGACGGCUCGGUGGCGGGUGUGCGCUACUUCCAGUGCGAGCCGCUGAAGGGCAUCUUCAUCCGGCCGUCCAAGCUGAGCAGGAGCUGGCAGGCCGACGAUGAGACCAACGGCCUGCAGCCAGCGCCUGCUGCCCAGGCCACACCGCCCCUGUCGGCCGCCCCGGCCCCUGCGGCCGCCCCGAAGGCACCCCAGCCCUCCGCGAAGGAGGCACCGGCCACCCCUCACAUCAGCAACCUGACCAGGACGGCCAGCGAGUCCAUCUCCAACCUCUCGGAGGCUGGCUCCCUCAAGAACGGGGAGCAGGAGCUGAAGCUCGGGGACCGGGUGCUGGUGGGAGGCGUGGAGGCCGGUGUGGUGCGCUUCCUCGGGGAGACGGACUUCGCCAAGGGGGAUUGGUGCGGCGUGGAGCUGGACAAGCCGCUGGGCAAGAACGAUGGCGCCGUGGCCGGAACGAGGUACUUCCAGUGUCAGCCCAAGUACGGCUUGUUUGCUCCCAUUCACAAAGUCACCAAGAUCGGCUUCCCCUCCACGACGCCGGCCAAGGCCAAGGCGGCCCCCGCGAGGCGUGUGAUGGCCACCACCCCCGCCAGCCUGAAGCGCCGCCCGUCGGCCUCCUCGCUCAGCUCCGUGAGCUCCGUGGCCUCAUCCGUGAGCAGCAGGCCCAGCCACACGGAACUAUUGCCAGAAACCUCCUCUCGCUAUGCCUGCAAGAUCUCCAGCACAACCGCCCUCCAGGAGGCGCUGAAGGAGAAGCAGCAGCACAUUGAGCAGCUGCUGGCCGAGCGAGACCUGGAGCGGGUGGAGGUGGCCAAGGCCACGAGCCAUGUGGGGGAGAUAGAGCAGGAGCUGGCCCUGGGGGACGGGCACGACCAGCACGUCCUGGAGCUGGAGGCCAAGAUGGACGAGCUGCGGGCCAUGCUGGAAGCGACCGACUGGGAGAAGGUGGAGCUGCUGAACCAGCUGGAGGAGGAGAAGAGGAAAGUGGAGGACCUCCAGUUCCGAGUCGAAGAGGAGUCCAUCACCAAGGGCGACCUGGAGGUGAAGGCCCUGCAGGCGGCCUCCGAGAAGCUCGCCAAGGAGAACGAGGGGCUGAGAACUAAGCUGGACCAUGCCAACGAGGAGAACACAGACGUGAUCGCCCCGUGGAAGUCCAAGCUGGAGACGGCCAUCGCCCCGCACCAACAGGCCAUGGGCGAGCCGAAGGCGUCCGUGAGCCGGGGCGUGGGCGCCGAGGCGGCCGAGCUGGCCGAGCUCAAGAUGCAGAUGGAGAGGCUGCAGUUCGAGUACCAGCAGGAGGUAGAGAACUCGAAGGCCCAGCAGGUGGCUGAGCGUGCAGCGCACGCCUUUGAGCUGCAGACGCUCAGGUCGCGGCUGGUCAGGACAGCCCAGGAGCAGAAGAACAGCCUGGAGGCCGCGCGGGCCAAGCUCGACCAGACCGAGGACCAGCACCUGGUGGAGAUGGAGGACGCCCUGAACAAGCUGCAGGAGGCGGAGACGAAGGUAACGCACCUGGAGGGGUUGCGGGCCAUGUGUAGGCAGCAAGCCCAGGCCCUGGCCGACGCCACGGCGCAGCUGGAGGCCACCCAGCAGAAGCUCUUGCAGCUCGAUGGGCUCCGAAAGGCCAGUUGAGGUCAAUUGGGAAUGGAGAAGCUCAGGCAGCAGCUCCAGGUGGCUGAGCAGCAGAUUCAGGAGUUAGAGAAUGCAAAGCGGGCCGAGAGUGGCAGGUUGGCCGAGAGCCUGGCCGAGGAGCUGCAGGGGAAGGAGCUAGCGCUUCGUAGUCUUCAGGAGAACUUGAACGAAGUCAGUCGAGUGAAGGAGGCUUUGGAGAAAGAGCUUCGGAGUUUGGCUGUGCAGACAGCGGAAGAUGCCAGGCAUUUUAUGCAGCAACUGUCCCAGGAGAAGACAGAGACCCUGGCCUCCCUGGAGGACACCAGGAACACCAAUGCAAACUUGCAGAAUGAGAUCGAUUUCCUGAAUUCCGUGAUCGUGGACCUCCAAAGAAAGAAUCAGGACCUCAAGAUGAAAGUGGAGAUGAUAUCCGAGGUGGCUCUCGACGGGAACGGGGACGACUCAACAAUUACGACGACAACUUCGGCCCGGCCACCCCAUUCUCUGCACUGUGCAGCAAUCACCAGCACUUGAAGGAUGACAUAACCAGCUAUUUGUGAAACACCUAGAAUAACCAUUUUACU